GUUUAAAUUAUAAAAAAGCAACAUGGUGACAAAAGGGAAAAUAAGUACAAUUUUUCCUGCUUGUGAAGAUGAAAAAAGAGACCUGGAACCGAUUAUUUUUCACGUCCCUGCUACAUACAAUAAUAAAGUUAAAAUUGAUGGAUGGCACAUGAAUACAUUAGAAGAACCCAAGGAUAACAAAGAAUUUUUUCCGCCUAAAGGAAACCUUCACGUAUCAUCGUACAAAAGGAUAGGUCCGGAAGACGCUUGCACAGGAGUUUCAGAAACGACCGCCAUGUUGGCUCAAAUAGAACUGAAGGAUCUUUAUAAACCAAUUGUUCCACAGCGUACAUUACGCAAAAUGAGGACUCUUGCAGCCACAGGAGUGGAAGAAGAAAAGCAACCAACACUGAUAGAUUUACUAUAUGAUUCCGAAGAAGCUACUCGUAUGGAUUAUCGAACAACCACAGAAGUCCAUUAUAGAUCACCCUACCCCAUGAAACCUAGACCAUUACCGCCAUCACCACCACCAGUACCAUGGCUUUUAAAUCGACGAACUAUCGGAUACAGUCUCGAAGAACUGGAAAAACGAGAUGGUGUAAAUAAAUUUUUGGACGACAACAUGGAUCUUCAUCAUCAAAUAGCUGAACUUAAAUCGAGGAGAUACAAAUUGCAUGAAAUUCUUCGGAAUUGA